GGUGUUGAAGGGCCUAUUGUGAGAUAUGGUUGGGGUGAUGGAGAGGGGAAAUUGUCUUGGAGAUAUCUGGAAAGAACAAAUUGCUGCUCUAGACUGUGUCGAACUCCAAUUAAGUUGAAGUAAAACUUUUAUAUCAACAUUUUGAAAUACAUGAUGCUUUCUGUGUUAGUGUGGUAUCCAGAUGGAAGAGCAGAAGUGAAGGAACUGUAAGGCUGUGAGUGCAGCUGUUUGAUUGAUGUUGCGUAGAGAGAAGAUGAAAAUGAUUUGAUUAGCCUUUAUCGUUUUUUUUCCUCUGUGAAGGAUAAAUGCAUUUUGUUUCUCCUCUGUCAAGAAUUCGAAGUUGCCUACAUGAUGGAAUUGGCAGUGGAUUCUGAUGAAGGUCAGUGAUUCUAUACUUGCAGGACAGAGAUUAACAUUUAGCGUUAUGUCUUUUUUAUUGUUACAUACCCAAAUAAAUAUUCCGGGGAAAAAGGUCAGCGGGUGCAACCGAUCAUUUCUACAAGUGGUGUGUUCUGGUAAGCUACUCUUGGUCAUGUGGUGCCUUGCACUACUACCUGUUACUUUAGAGCAUUUGGAGAGGAAACUCGGAAUCUUUCACAGUAGUGUGAACAUUAGAGGGCAAUAACGGUGACAUCUUCAUAGAUUUGAGUACACUGCUAUGCUGUCAAUUGCUCAUGAAAAGCUCCCAUUUUCCCCUUUGAGAAACACUAAAAAGCAAUGGAAUGGUUCCGAAGACUUUUAGGGAGCACUUGCCGUCAUUGGCUAAAAUUUACCAGGUAAGUUUGGAAUCCAAUGUGGAAGGAGUAGGUAUUGCAAUAAACAAAAUGACCUUUUACUUGUAGUGCUACUUUCACUAUUGUUUAAAGGAUUCAAGUGCAAGCACCAUUCAGGUGCUAGUUUAAGUAUAAAAUCCUGCGAGGUAGAGCACUACUUGUGCUCUGCAUUGAAGAAAUGGCAACUCCAAUGAAGAACAUUUGCUUUGUUAUGUUUCUUGCAACUCUCAGCAUUGCUUUGUUCAAUCAAGUUGACGGGGCUGGUGAAUGUGGGAAAACCACUACUCCUGACAAAGAGGCAUUCAAGCUGGCUCCUUGUGCAUCAGCAGCACAGGAUGAGAAUGCUUCAGUUUCUAGCCAAUGUUGCGCCAAGGUUAAGAAAAUUGAACAGAAUCCAGCCUGCCUAUGCGCUGUUAUGCUUUCGAACACAGCUAAGAGCUCUGGAAUCGACCCAGAAAUUGCAAUGACAAUUCCCAAACGUUGCAACAUUGCUGAUCGUCCUGUGGGCUACAAGUGUGGAGCUUACACUUUACCCUGAAGAAUGAAUAGCAUGAACAGCGCUCCCCCUGUAAUGUACUUCUACCAACCUGCUGGAGUUCACAUCCUUGUUGCUAGUUCUUCUAGCUACCAAAUUUAAUGUAACAUCCAGACAUCUGAAUAAUAAAUAAACUGUUGGUGUUUAA